AGAAGAUUGUUACUUGGCAGUUCAAAGAUGUGGAAGUUAUCCAUGUUUUCUCAUGAUCCGAACGAUUGGUCCAACGAAAAGCUUCCGACUUUUUCCCCACCCUCUUCCCAAAACGCCCCUCCUCCCAUCUUCCCACGCUUCUUUAAUGGUCGGAUCCUGCCGCCACCAGCCGCUGUUUCUGCGGGCUGGUGAACCACCAUUUUAGUUUCUUGACCGUCCGAGGGUGGAGGAGGGAGUCUAAAGAUUUGAUCUUGGAGAGUCUUCUGUCGAUUACAGUGUGGGAAGGAUGCGAAAACUUGAUCUUUGUUCGUGUGCUCUCGCAUGGAGAAGCUGUCGCUUUGAAUCAACAAAAUAUGGCGACUUUUGCCUUCUCUCGAGUUACUCCUCGGUGGAUAUAGCUUGAAUCUCUUACCGGUUGGAGGAGAAUGGAAACUACUUUGUUCCAAGUAUUUACAUUUGCUAUUCUCCAUUCAUCUUUGUUCAAAGCUCGGAUUGGAAUUUGAGUCAAUCUGAUUCAGAUUAGAGACCCUCGAAACCAUUGGCCUGAGCUUACCAUUGCUUUUGCUCUAUGAGUUUGGCUCCUCAUGGAGGGCAUGUGGAGUUUGGCGCGGUGGUAGAGGAAGUCCUUAUUCCUUUCUUCAACAGGACUACUAAAGCAGCUCAUAUUUGACGACUCGAGCGGUUGCGUAGAGGUGGAGGUCUAGAAAUCUGUGAUUAUGUGCUUUCUUCUCCUUCCAGGCUUGCCACUGUAACAAUUCUCCUUAUUCAGUUUUGGCUGUUAAUUGAGAUUCCUGUUUAAUCAAGUGGUUCCUCAGUUCUGAAGAUUUGCCUCUGAGCAAAGCCAGGAAUUAGAUUAUGGCAAAAAGAUCCAAUAGAAGGUCACGACCUCGGAAUGAUGCUGGAUGCAUGUGGGGUUUGAUUAGCUUGUUUGAUUUCCGCCGGGGCCAUCCAACUCAGAAGUUACUUUCAGACAAAAGGCAUGAAAGCAAUAGACAUACUGGUACUGGAUACUCGAGAAUCAAGCUUGAUUCACUUAGAAGUUCUUCAAACAAACAUGAACAUGGCAGUCUUGUUGGUGAAAUCAGAGACGAUCAAGUUGACUCGGUGAUGACAAGUGUGAAAAUACUUAUGGAGGAAGAGAUGUCUCAACAUAUCCAAAAGAAGAUCACACGUGAUAACUUGCAAAUUGAGGACCAUCCCAAGAAGAGUUAUAAGCAGAGAAGCAAAAAAUUGAAAGGUUCAGAUGCUCAGGGGAUCAAUCUAGCUGCUUCUUCCAGUUUGGAUGGUCAUCAGUCUGAUAGUAUGGAUCUAACGAGAAGAUCUUCCCUUAACUUUGACCUGGCCACAUUUUUGAUGGAGUUUUAUGGUUAUACAUACCAACAAAAGCAUGCUGAUUCUGACAAUAAGUUUGACUUGCUUCCAGCCUUGGAAAAUAUUAGUCCAAAGAUUUAUAACCAUCUUAGUGAGCCUGAUGGUCAUGUUGAUCAAAAGAUUUCUUUCUUUCAAAAGAACCUAGCAGAUGUUUCCCAGGCUAUUUUAAGUCAGAAGUUGAUGGUUGAGAAACAACUCGAUGGACGAUGGGUUGUCCAUCCCAAAGAAUACAUGGAUGCAUUAGAUAUUCUGAAUUCAGAUAAGGAGUUACUUAUGCAACUGCUUCAUGAUCCAAAUUCACUUUUUCAUAAACAUAGUCAAUGUUUUCACAGUGCUCAGGUAGGGAAACUAACCAAACUGGGAUCAGAUGAAGGUUUAGAGAAUGUUCAGCUGUUGGGAGAGGAGAUUGAUGGUUUGGGAAAAUGCAAGGAGUCUGACAGUAAUCAAUUGUUUCAUAAACAAAGCAGAUACAAUUUUUUCCGCAAGGAUAAGUCAAAGGGGACAAAACCAUCAAAGGGAAGUCCAAAUUCCGAGGCUUUAAACAGAAUAGUAGUUCUAAAGCCAAGCCCAGCAAGAAUUCCAAAUUCUUCUAUUAUAAUUACUCCAAGCUCUUCUCCCCAAUCACAUCAUGUCCUACGGCACGAAGAACACGGUGAAAGAAUUUUUUCCCAUUUUUCCCUCAAAGAAAUUAAAAGACGACUCAGGCAUAUGAUUGGUGAGAGCAGAAAAGCACGACAUGCUAUCUCCAUGGAUGGUGUUCUACACAGAAUUCCAGUGAGGUCUAAUUACACAGAUGUUUCAUCUAAACUGAUAAAUAGUGAGAGUACAGUAGCAAGCUUGGCAAGCAGUUCUUCUCGUGAUACCGAGAAGCUGUCUGAAACUUUGUCCCUUGAUAAGCGAAAUGACAAGAAAAAUGACUUGGAAGAAUGUCAAGUUAACAUCAACAGCAACAUUUCUUCCUCAAGGUCUCAGUUUUCCAUAUAUGAGGAAGCCAGGAAGCAUCUUGCUGAGAUGCUAGGCACUGGAGAAGACAGUUUGCCAACCACCCAAACCUCAGAAUCUUUGGGGAGGGUACUUACGUUACCUAGAUACAAUGAAUUAUGUCCUACAUCCAGUCGACAAAGAGUCCAGGACCUCAUCAUGUCAUCUGAAGGGACUGGAAAUCCCUCCCUACAACAGUUGGAGCAAGUAGGUGCUACCAAUAUCUUAAGCCUAGCAAGAGAAAACUUGGAGUUUUCAUCUUUUCCUAUGAGCAUGCCAAGUGAUGACUUGAAAUUUCGCAUCUUAAAUACAGAACUGGUUGAUACCAGUAUACUGGAGCUACCAUGCAUUGGAGAAGACUUGAACGACAAAGAGAUUUUAGAAGCAGCUGAUACUGAAGGCAUUGUCCGGUCUAACCAUUUGGAUGUACCCUUGGAGUCAAGCAGAAGUGAAAUAAUUGUUGCAACUGAAAUUUGUGAAGAAUCUGCUGCAAUGCAAGGGCAGGGAUCAUCUGAGGAGACAUCACUUACAAUGAUGCAGUCCAAGGUCCCUCUGAGUUCCUUGCUCAAAGAAAAUUUAGUGGCUCCUGAAAGUACCACUGAAAAGCAAGAGCAACCAAGUCCAGUAUCUGUUCUUGAAACAUUCUUAUCAGAAGAUGCUACCAGCCCUGAGCCCAGUCCAGAAGAGCCUUAUGUUAAUUAUGAAGACCGUGAGAGCUAUUCGAAAGUAAUAGCAUCACCAGAUGUAAACGGAAGUUUCAGAGAUUGUCUUCAGGACUAUCAAGCUAUGUCCGAUUACGUUAAAGUACUCUUGGAAGCCUCAGACCUUACUAAUGAAUUCUCAGAGAGAUGGAAUAUGACAGCUCAGUUACUUGAGCCAGCUUUGUUUGAUGAGAUAGGGAUCUUUUUUUUCUUCCUGCAAGAUGAUCCUAAGCUCCUCUUUGAUUGCAUUAACGAAGUCCUUGUAGAGAUACAAGAAAGGUUUUUUAAGUGUACACCAUGGUUGUCUUUCAUCCAGCAAAAUGUUCUGCCUGUCCCUCGAGGCGAAAGCUUAAUCCAAGAAGUCAGCAAGGGUCUCGAGAGGCAUCUUCAUAUACAGCUGCCAAACACAUUAGAUCAAGUAAUAAGGAAGGACUUGGAAGGUAGAAGUUGGAUGGACCUUCGAUUCGAAACCGAAAACACCACAAAUGAGGUAUGUGAAACCAUCCUAGACGAUCUAAUGGAAGAAACUGUACACAACAUGUGGUUUCAAACCCUGACUUCUUUGGAGUUCAUCUUCGCAUAGUUCACAUAAUCGUAUGCAACUAAUCCUUGUCAGUAUGGAAGAUUGAUGUGUUUCUUACUCUCAGUUGUUGAUCCAGACACAGCCAUCUGCAGUCUCUAGUUGUAGAUCUUUCUUAACUUACAUCAUUGUGAAGAUUGAGAGGGUUUGGGGUGUAUGUAUUUGGAUUCAUCACUUGUGCUAUGCAAUAAUAAUCUGGAAAUAUGUGGAGAUAGAGCUUCCUGCUUGAAGUCUCCUCAAGACAAAGUUGUAUAUGGGUUUGGAAAUGUAUAGGAGGACUGUAUGUUAUCAGUCGUUAUGUGCCUUAUCUCAUCAGAAAGAAUCAUAAUGGAACAAUUUAUACCUUCUUCCAUUC